AAUUACAUCAUCUGUAAUCUGCCAAGGAUUACUCGAGACUUCUGUUGUGAGAUUAGCUGUUACAGACGGAAUGAGGACGUGCUUCUCACACCAGCUCUGAUCUGGGAUCAGAUGUGUCGAUAUGCAUUGCAUUUGGUGACAGAUCAGCCAGUAAAAGCAUAUUUGAUCCACAACUGUUUUAAUGGCUGCACAAUGAAGGCCCAACUUCAGAUAACAGUUCUGUCCGCUAAGCUGCGGGACAAUAAGAAGAAUUGGUUUGGGCCCAGUCCUUAUGUUGAGGUGUGUGUGGAUGGCCAGUCCAAGAAGACAGAGAAAUGCACCAACACUCACAGUCCCAAAUGGAAACAGUCUCUCACUGUGAUCGUCACCCCUUUCAGCAAGUUAAUUUUCCGGGUUUGGAGUCACCAGACACUUAAAUCGGACAUUUUGCUUGGCAUGGCCGCUCUGGAGGUCAGCAAGACCUUAAAAGCCAACAAUAUGAAGAUCUGUGAGGUGGUGCAGACGCUGCAGUUGAGUUCAGACCGAGAGCGCUCGGAGGUGGUUGGAGAUCUCUCAGUGUGUCUGGAUGGACUGCAGGUGGAUCCCGAGACUUUUGCUUCUGAGGAACAAAAGCACAAUGCUGUUGUAAAUGGAGAAUCCAGACUGAACGGGGAUGUAGCAGGAAGUCGAGAUUCUUCCCCAUCCAGUGACAUCGCUGAUGAAGCGGCGCUGCCCAAUGGUCAUGCAGUGGGAAGUCCGGGGUCUGCCUCUCCAUCAGCAGGGGCUCUGAAACCCCCCCGCCCAUCUCGACCCCAGCGGCCACAUAAACCUACUUCCUCCACAGCAUCCUCUGCAGGCUCGACUCCCACUCACGGCAGCAGCGCUCCCAGCCCGGAAACAUCUCCACGGGUGUGUGUGAACGGAGAAACCGAGAGUCAGGGGUCAAGCUCAGGCUCAGGGUCAAAUCAGGCUCCCAGGGCCAGUCCAACGCCACCCAGAGCUUCACUGAUCAGUAACGGCCUUCUUCCUCCUGGCUGGGAGCAGAGAGUGGAUCAGAACGACCGUGUUUACUACGUGGAUCACAUUGAAAAAAGAACCACAUGGGAAAGACCAGAACCACUUCCGCCAGGCUGGGAGCGUCGUUUGGACCCGAUGGGCCGUGUGUACUAUGUGGAUCAUAUAAUCCGAACCACCACAUGGCAAAGACCUACACUUGAGUCGGUCCGGAACUACGAGGAGUGGCAGAACCAGCGCAGUCAGCUGCAGGGAGCCAUGCAACGCUUCAACCAGAGAUUCAUUUAUGGGCUGCAGGAACAGCUUGCACCUACAGCUAAUAAAGAGUUUGACCCUCUGGGUCCUCUGCCGCCGGGAUGGGAGAAACGGACUGACAGUAAUAGGAGGAUGUAUUUUGUUCACCAUCCUACAAGAUCCACGCAAUGGGAAGACCCUCGAACACAAGGGUUGUUGAAUGAGAAGCCUUUGCCGGAGGGUUGGGAGAUGAGGUUCACAGUGGACGGUAUUCCCUAUUUUGUCGAUCACAACAGGAAAACGACGACGUACAUUGAUCCUCGUACAGGAAAAUCCUCCCUUGAGAACGGCCCUCAGAUCACAUACGUACGAGAUUUUAAAGCCAAAAUGCACUAUUUCCGCUUCUGGUGUCAGCAACUAGCAAUUCCUCAGCACCUUAAGAUCCACGUCAGUCGCAAAACGCUGUUUGAGGACUCCUUUCAGCAGAUUAUGAGUUGCCAUCCUCAAGAUCUGAGACGGAGACUGUGGAUUAUUUUCCCGGGGGAGGAGGGCCUUGACUAUGGAGGCGUGGCCAGGGAAUGGUUCUUCCUGCUGUCUCACGAGGUCUUGAACCCCAUGUACUGUCUGUUCGAGUACGCCGGCAAAGACAACUACUGCCUGCAGAUUAACCCCGCCUCCUCCAUCAACCCUGACCACCUCAAAUACUUCAAGUUCAUUGGCCGGUUUAUCGCUAUGGCUCUGUUUCAUGGGAAGUUCAUAGACACGGGCUUCUCUUUGCCUUUUUAUAAGCGCAUCCUGAACAAACCUCUGGCUCUGAAAGACCUGGAGUCCAUCGACCCGGAGUUUUACAACUCGCUCAUCUGGAUCAAGGAUAAUAAUAUAGAGGAAUGUGGCUUGGAGAUGUUUUUCUCGGUGGAUAAGGAAAUUUUGGGAGAAGUCACCACACAUGAACUCAAGCCUGAUGGAGGAAACAUUCAGGUGACAGAGGAAAAUAAAGAGGAGUAUAUCAGGUUGGUUGCUGAGUGGAGGUUGUCCAGAGGGGUUGAGGAACAGACUCAGGCGUUUCUCGAGGGCUUUAAUGAGGUCUUGCCGCAGCAGUACCUGCAAUACUUUGAUGCCAAAGAACUGGAGGUGAUGCUGUGUGGGAUGCAGGAGAUCGAUCUGGUCGACUGGCAGAGGAGCACCAUCUACAGACACUACGCUCGCAGCAGCAAACAGAUCGGCUGGUUUUGGCAGUUUGUGAAGGAGAUCGACAAUGAGAAGCGCAUGCGUCUGCUGCAGUUUGUGACCGGCACGUGCCGACUUCCUGUCGGGGGAUUCGCUGACCUUAUGGGGAGCAAUGGGCCGCAGAAGUUUUGUAUUGAGAAAGUGGGGAAAGAAAACUGGCUGCCGAGGAGCCACACAUGCUUUAACCGUCUGGAUCUGCCGCCCUAUAAAAGCUACGAGCAGUUAAAGGAGAAGCUGCUGUUUGCCAUCGAGGAAACAGAAGGCUUCGGUCAGGAGUGAUGCAUGCACACCGCUGCGUCUUUUAAAGCCUUUCCAUGAAACACGCAUCAAACUGCUUCAGCCUUCUGCUGCUACUUCAAACCGGGAACGAGGGAUAAACACUCAUUAUCUGUUCGCUUAGGCUUCCAUUUCUUGUUUGCAUACCAUCCACUUCUGAUUUUACGCUGCCUUAGUCAAUGAUGGAUGCACAGCACUGCAGCCGGACUGAAGAUCUGCACACCUCGGCUCACUCUAUGCAGACUGUGUGACCCUCGUAUUAACCCGUUAAUGACUGUAGUAAUGCACACGCAACAGACUUUUCCUCUAGAACUUGAAGCUUGAGUUUGCAUGGUAUGUGUUUAAAUGAGUCUCUUCUGUUGUGCGUAAAUGUAAAGAGGAGUGCAAGACACAAUUUCAUACGGUUUUUAUUGCCACUGCAGAUCUGUACCUUCAUACAGAUAUUAAUCAUUUGAAGACAUUGGUUUUUCCAAUUUGAAAAGGGUUGCACUUUAUUAGUGAAAACACUGGCAGAGUGAUUACGGCUAAUAUGCAACAGGUCAUAUUUCACCCUCAGAAUCAAGAGAAAUUGUUUUGCAUGAAGAAAGUUAACCCACUAUUAGAAGUUUUUACAUUAUUGUCAUAAAAAUGACAAAAUCUCAUUCUCAUUACUGAAAAACAAAACGAAACCAUUGGAUGUUCUUCAUGUUCUUCAUGCAAAAUAUACUUUCUUUUGAUUGUGGGUGAACUGUGACCUGGACAUGCCUACAAUAAGAAUAUAUCUAUGCACGUAUGGUUGGAUAAACAUAUAGCAAUAGCCCAAAAUGCCAUUUAUUCACUUUCUCACCAAUCUUGAAUUCACAAACUACGUGACUGAAGCUGUAACGUUCGCUGUUUUAGUACGAUCAGAUCUGCAGCUAGAAAUCUUUAUCAUUUUAUACUUUUAAUGUG